AUUUCUGUUUAAAAUAUUUUUUGUCAACUUGUGAGCUUUGCUAUAUGAAUAAAAUCGAACCAUAGUCCACAUCCACAGACCUCAACACACAGACUAAUCAAGAAUUUCCUGUCUGUUCACUGAAAUUGCUGCUACUAGUAUUUUCAUAAACACCUCAAAUGAACCGUUGAAUAACAAACAUUUUUAUUGUUGUUUGUUGCUGUUGCCCAGGAGACAAAGCCAAGUGGAGAGUGACUAAGCUGGGGGUUUUAGAGCGUUUUGUAUUUUUAGCCCCGGCUGCAGUGGACUGGGUAGAUUUUCUCCAGCGGGCUGACCACAAGCCCUGAGUGGAAAAGUCUCCUCACUGUGGGUUGCUAAGAUUUCCAGUGUGAUUGUAGGACUUGCAUAGAGGAACUUCAGUGAUGGGGAAGUUUUAUGACUUAAAAACCACCGCCUCUCUCUCUCUCUGCUCUGCCUUCCACUUUCAUUUUGAGCUCCUUUUCUUUCCCUUACAUCAAUCUUUUGCCCCCCCAACGCUCCACUUAGUCAUCCACCUCCUUUUACCGUCUCAUCUUUCAUUCCAGGAUCUCCGCAGGACGCUCACACUUCCCUUACACGAUCAGGAUCAGGUAGGAUACAUCCCAGAGCGACAAAGCAGCAAGGAGAGCAGCGUAGCCAUUGUUCUGCCUCAGAAACCCAGCGAGCAGAAACAAAGAGCUGCGCUCAUCACUCCCACAGAAGAAAAGGUCUACCUCAGAGCUCGGUCAGAGGCGGUGCAGAGUGUCAGGAUGCUGACGGACGAAGUGUCUCAGAUUCAGGAGGUGCGGUACUGCCUCAAGACUCUGAGACAGCAGAUGGCUGCCAGACAAAACAGCAACUUCAACAAGGUUCCAGAAAAUGACUUCAGAGUCAACAAGCCCAACAAUCAACCACCGAUCACCAACAACAACAACAACGUCUCACUUGACAUUCAGCUCGAGGACAAUCAGGAGGACAGCGCCAAGCUCCGAGAGGCGACGCGGCGUCUCUACGCGCAGCUGAAGGAGAUGGAGAAGCAGCACCAGGAGGAGCGGGACAGACUGGAGGCCGAGUCGAACGAGUAUCGCAUCCGGCUGGCUGAGCAGUCGGAGCGUCUGCAGGCGGUGGAGCUGCAGUCGGAGGAAAAGUGCCAACAGGUGGAGGAGCUGCAGAGGCUGCUGGAGAGCAUGAGGAUGGAGAGCGGCCUCCUCAAAGACAAGAUGGAGGCGAGGGAAGCGGAGCUGCUGCAAGUUAAAGAGGACAGUAAGGAAGAAGCAGAGAAUGAGGAAAGGUGCACAGAGCUCAAGAAACAAGUGGCUUUGCUGAAGGAAAAGAUUCAUCACCUCGACGACAUGAUAAAGAGUCAUCAGAGGAAGCUCCGCCUCAUGAUUGAGCAGCUGCAGCACUCACGGACAAUACUCCAAGAGAGGGAUCGGGUCAUCAUGGAUCUGGAGGAGAGGGUCGCUUUCCUGGAAGCUGAGAACAAGGAACUACACGACCACAUGGAGCACUUCCUGGCAGGACAGGACCCCCCUGCUCUGUCCACAGAAAACAAGCCAGAAAUUGUUUACAGCAAACCUUUGAUUCCAACAUCCCCAACCAACAAAGUCCUGCCUUUCAUCAAAGUCAUAGAGAUCAAAUCCUGAGCAACAUCCACGGAAAUGAUCUAGAACAAAUGUGUAAAUGUUUUGCUUAUCCUCUGAUAAUAUAUAUGUACACAGAUAUUUAUAUGUAGAUCUGCAGUGAUGGGUAUUUAACAGACCUCAUUUUUGUGGCUUUUUCACAUGCAGGAUAUUUGUUGCAUGUCAAAAACAAAUAGGGCAACAUGAUGAACUCCUCAAAACCAGUUAAAUGAUUUCUUGGAUGUGUAACAUCCAAGAAAUCUGCAUGUACAAACUGCACAAGUCUGUGCAGUUUGUACUUUGACAGGAAAGCCCUCAGGACAUAGUGAAAAACAUUCAAAGAACUUCAAGCUGCGUCUCGUGUAAAAGUAAAAUAAUAAGCAGCUUUAUAGGUCAAAUUAGAAGCUAAACUCAUAGGAAACUAAUCUAUGAAAAAAUAGUCAAUAUUCUGAUGGUUUUAGCACAUUUUUAUGAGUGACCAGCUUCCUUAAAGGUCACAAUGAAAUUCCUCAGUGCUUUGUACAGACUUUGUUACUGUGUCAGAAUGUUUCUUACGUUAAGUGGGUCAUUUGUGAAGAAAAAAAUGCAUUUAAUGUAAUAAAACUCUGGACUCAAAAUAUUCUCUAAGCUAUAUUAUUUUUCAAUCUGAACAUGCUCUGUGUCCAGGCUUAACUUCUGCUGGUGAUAUUUAAUGAGUAUUUAAAUUUUUUGAAAAUUUUCUUCAACUUUUGUCAAUAUUUCUUGUGUUUCUGUAAAAGCUGUAGAUAGCUAUCUAUAGACAUUUUGUUGCUGUUUUCCUCCACUUUUAUUUAAACCUAAAUAAAAAAAACCCAUGAUAACCUGAA